AUGAAUGAAAUGGUCGAAAAUCGAAGCAAAAGUCAACGAUUAAGUGUCCGAUCGGUGGACGCAAUGGUUGUGUCCACUCGGAAGACAAUUAAACACAAGACAACUCUUCCGGCGAUCGCCAAAAGUGGGAAAUCACCCGUCGAUGAGGCGAUGGUCAGAAAGUCGGGCAGACAUUUGUCGCAAACGCCGUUGAAUGGUAUGAUUGGAUCCAAUGGUAAAUAUGGGUUAAGGAAAAUCCCGCCAAUCAGUUACUCAAGACUUUCUUCCUCUGGUGUCAAAACUAUAGCAGCAAAAGAUAAUGACAUAAAUACGGCUAAAAGUGUUGUGAAAAGUGAUAGUAAAGUGACGGACAAGAAGAAUGUGGUCAAUGGAAGUGGUGUUUCAGAAGUCAGUAACAAACCAGUGGUUAACACAAGACAUUCAUCACGUAAUCAGAAGAUAUCUAAUUGUCGUACUAUUGAUAGCAAUUGGGAACAAUGCUUGUCGUCAACCAAUUGGUGGAUAAUAUUCAAGAAACUUCAUAAGGACUUUGAGUUAAAGCGCAAAAAGUCUGAUGUGUUGCCGACAAUCGCCAGAAUUAAUUAUGAAAAACAAUUGCCUGCAUAUGAGGGCACAUAUUAUGAUUAUUUAGAGCUUUAUAUCCAAUUCGGUUAUGUGUUUCUGUUUCUAUCGAUCUUUCCAUUGGCGCCAAUCAUUGCGUUUUGCAAUAAUAUGAUUGAAAUUCGUUCGGAUUCACUGAAAUUAUGCUUCGGAUACAAGAGAUCUCAUCAAAGAUCGGCCAAAAGUAUUAGUGGUUCGUGGAUGAAAGCAUUUGAAGUGAUGAGUAUAAUAGCUCAUUUCAUAUUAGGUGUGAUUCUCAUUAUAUCAUACGUAGUGCCAGAUAUGCCCAAAGCUGUGAGUGUGGCUCUUAUGCAACAAAACUUCGAGAAUCGCAAAACCAAAAUCCAAUCCGUUCUCAAGAGAAGUAGUUCCAUACGUAACACAAAGUUCCUCAAUAAACCACAAUAA